GCUGAGGCUCGAUCCCCCUCUACUAGCGACAGUGUCCGCAGCAGUUGUUCUCCCGCAGAGAUUGCUUUAGACGAAAAGCAACAUAUCCAGCGGCAUGACUCAGAUCAUUCACUCACCCAAUUAUCGAUGGUAGUGAGCGACAAUGAAAGGCCUGGUGCUCUGCCGUUCGACGUGGAAUUAUCCGAGACAGACAGUGGGAAUUUACCACAAAAUUGGAUGCUUGUACCCCCCACGGAAAGCCUUCAUGGGCUAUCGCUACAGAUAGAUCUCCCUCCUUCGCCGGCGAAUCACAAACGAAGCAGACCUCUCUUCCAAUUUCUAAUAUCCAGAUUUAUUCCCCAACUUAUUCGCCCUACGGCAGAUGGCCAGAUGCGUGAUGAAUUGAAUCGCCGGUCACUAGCGUUAGCCUUUGAACAUCCAUUCUGCAUGCAUGCUUUGCUUGCCUGCUGUGGUGCAGAGAUCCCCAGCAAUGACCCCGAAUAUCACGAACUCGCUCGAUAUCAUUAUACUCACGCAGUCACUGGGCUUCGAAAGAUUCUGGAUGAUGGUGCUCUAAAAGACCAGUGGGUUGUGACCAUGCUGGGUAUCAUGAUGUUAUGUAUCUACGAACGUACCAAGCAGAAACCAUCACCAGGAGUCGCUAUACACAUUGCAGGGGCUGCCCAAUUGAUGCGACUGCAUUCUCAGACAAAUGAAGAUAGCGUGGAAUAUUCUGGAGUAGGCCAAGUCAUGUAUCGACUCGUCCAUGAAUCGUUCAUCUUUCAUGUCACGACUAGUCUUCCCUUUCAAGGCGAGCUUAGACCUGAUGACCACGCUCUCUCGACCACUAGUGCAUACCAGUAUGAGAUUGAGUCAGCGCUUUCAAUGGCGGAAGAAGCUCUCAGUGACCAUUUUCACGAGGAUAUCUUUUCUCAACCAACUUCCCCAGUGCUUGGUUUUCCGCCGCAGCUAUUUCGAUGCAUAUACACCGUAUACCGAUUGUACCAAUCUUCAAACUUCGACCAAGUCAGCAUGCAGUUGUGUCAGCGACUGGAGAAUGACCUGUGUCGAUGGGACAAACGCCUCGAAGCAUCAUCGGCGGAACUUUCAAGUCCUGAUUCGAGCGCGCAGCCGAGUAACGAAGAACUCAACUCCACAAGUACACGCCCUUCAACUCAAGCCCUACACGAGUCGACCUUGAUUGGGCCCAAGUUGUAUAUCCUCGGCUGUCGAAUCUUACUCCGAAGAAUGAAAGGCCUGGAUCUUGUAUCCGUGGAGAUGGGUGUUGAAGACUUGACUCAUCAAGGGAUGAGCAUGAUACAGCGUCUUCAGCCUAAAAAGGAUUACUAUGCUGAUUACUAUUGUUGGCCUUUCCUGGCGAUUGGGAUGAAUCUGCGCUCUUCCACUGACCGGGAGAUGCUUUUAGCCAAAGCGUUGGCAUUUUGCAAAGCCACUAACAAUCCGACGAUGAGACGGCUGAUUGACAUGCUUCCUGUUUACUGGCAGUCGGGUGAUUAG